AUGCCAAGGAAAUUAACUUUAGAAGAUGCAAUCAAAUCAGCAGAAAAGCGUGGUGGACAAUGCCUCUCUACUCAAUAUACCAAUAAUAAAGAUCCAUUAUUAUGGCGUUGCUCGAAUAAUCAUGAAUGUAAAGUGAAAAACGGCGGUCACUGGUGUCCAUAUUGUAAUGUAGGUCGGAACACUCUUGAAGAUAUGCAAGCUUAUGCCCAAGAAAAGGGUGGGCAUUGUCUUUCGGAUUGCUAUUAUAAUGUAACUACAAAGCUUCUCUGGAUUUGUAAAAAUCUCCAUACGUGGGAGACUACCCCUAGUAGUAUUAAACAAGGAAGUUGGUGCCCAAUGUGUAGAUUUAAACGUGGAAAUUUAUGUCGUAAAAUUGUGUCGAAAUAUCUUGGACCAUCAUCGAAAAAUCGCCAACCUGAUUUUUUAAAAAACCCAAAACAUCCAACAGGACUACAACUUGAUAUUCCUUAUUAUCACUACGGCUUUGCUAUCGAAGUUCAAGGACCACAGCAUGAAAAAUAUAUUGAAUUCUUCCAUAACAGAGAUCCCAAAAAUUUUAUUAAACAGCAGGAACGGGAUCAACUCAAGGAAGAACUUUGUGAAGAAAAUUGGAUAGUACUAAGAUAUGUUUGGUAUUAUGAAGACCCAUUUGAGAAAAUUCCAGCUAUCCUUCGAGAACUGGGUCUUAUUCCUUAG